AUCGGACAAGCCAUGGCGCUCAGCCCCGAGGAAGACCGGUACUUUGGAUCGAAGCUUCUCUUCCAUGAAGUCCAGACCUUGCUCUUGAUGACGCCCGAGGUCGACGCGACGCCCGACGACAAGGACGCACUCGCGGUAGCGCGCAAGCUCUUCGCUGUCGGCGAAGCGCAGCAGUACGUGGCGUUGCAGCCGUCAACGACCCAAACGUCCGAGCCACCGCUGCUGGGCUUAACGCCCCAUGCGAUUCGAGCAGCGUGGGGACUCCGAGACCCCGACCACGUCGACAGCUUGCGCGAGCGCAUUCGGACCUCGCUCCUACCCGACGUCGAGCGUCGCAUCAAGGACAAGUGCCGGCUGCUCUGCGAUGUGACGUGCCCUUUGCAAGGCGACGCGCCGUCGCUGCCGUUUGCGCUCGUCGAGCAGCUCCCCGAGACGCUCUCGGCACUCCAAGCCGCCUCAACUGCUCUCGAGAAAGAACUGAUUGGGCUCGAAGAAGCCCACGAUGUUCGCGUCCAGGAGAUGGGGGCGCUCGUCGAGGCCAUGGGCGCGGUGCUCCUGCGCACGAUCCGUGUCCGUGACCAGUCGCCGUUCGUGACCAAGAAGAUCGCCUGCCUCGAGGCGUACAUUAGCGCCAUGCACGAAAAGACUGCGCUGCUUACAAAGCAAAUGCUCAAUGAAACGUACACGGAGCGGAAGCUCCACGCCCUCCGCGCCAUUCGAGAGAAGCUCGAGGGUCGAUACGCCGCCGCGACGCAAGCGCAGAACGAGGUUCAAGCACGGCUGCAGCAGUACGAACUGCUGGGGCCUGCGUUUGCAGCGACCGCCGACCAGUUCGCGGUCGUUCAGCGCAAGAUUGCCGAGAAGGAGAAAUGGAUCGCUUCUCUCGAUGCUUAAUGCAACGUACAAGAGCGUUGAGGAGGUCGACUCAAGCAUGACGGAGCGGCGACGCUUGCAUCGCAUGGACGUCGUACGUGGCGCGCGCGUUCUCUUCACGAGCGCGGAGCUCGUUGUAGACUAACUGCGCUUGCUGGAGCUGUCCCAAGAGAAGUCUCUUCUUCUUCUC